GACAAAGUGACAAAGAGAGAUAUUUAUAAUCUUAGAAUUAGGUAAUCUCAUAUAAUGGGCUAUUUAUUGGUUUGUGUUAUUUUGUGAGCCUUUACUCCAAGAAAAAUAUAUUAUUCUUUUCUUUUUUUUGAAAAGUAAGAAAAAUAUAUAUAAAAAGGAAAAAUUGAAACUAUUUCAAACCAAGCCCCAAUAAUAAAACAGCCUUUAUGCUUGUGUGGCGUCUUUCCCGGGCAAAGCUUGAAAAGGUUUCUUCUUCUAUUACUCACUAUUUCUUCACAAGCAUUUCAAAUUUCCAUUCAUUUCGAGAUGUAAAUAUCAGAAUCAGCACCCUCUUUCGUGACGGGAAAAUCGGCAUUGCCCGUAAACUGUUUGACGAAACGCCUAAAAGAGAUGUUGUCACGUGGAACACUGUGAUCACUGGUUACUGGAAAAAUGGGUUAAUCUGUGAAUCAAAGAAGCUAUUUGAUUCAAUGCCUUUGAGAAAUGUCGUGUCUUGGAACUCGAUGAUCGCUGGGUAUAUCGAAAAUGGUUGUAUAGAUGAUGCAUUUGGGUAUUUUAACAAGAUGCCCGAGAGAAAUAUCGCGUCAUGGAAUGCUAUGAUUUCCGGGUUUAUUAAGUGUAAAAGGAUUGAAGAAGCUGUGAAGUUGUUUAACGAAAUGCCAAGGAAGAAUGUCAUUUCUUAUACGGCUAUGAUUGACGGGUAUGCACAAAAAGGGGAGAUUCAGAAAGCUAGGGAGUUGUUUGAGUCUAUGCCAAGUCGUAAUGAAGUUUCUUGGACUGUGAUGAUUAGUGCGUACACGGAAAGUGAUCGGUUUGAUGAGGCUAGACAACUUUUUGCACGGAUGCCGUUUAAGAAUGUAGUUUCUAUGACUGCUAUGAUUACUGGUUACUGCAAGGAAGGAAAGGUGGAAGAGGCCAGGGUUUUGUUUGAUGAAAUUGAAUGCAGAGAUGAUGUUUCUUUUAAUGCUAUGAUAACAGGUUAUGAGCAAAAUGGAAGAGGUGUGGAAGCACUAAGACUACUUGUAGAUAUGAUACGUAGUCGGUUAAGGCCAGAUCAAUACACCCUUGUUUCUAUCCUUGCAGCAUGUUCAGGCCUUGCAUCAUUAACGGAAGGCAAACAAGCUCAUGCACUUGUGGUCAAGUAUAGGUUUGACACUCAUGUUUCUGUAGGAAAUGCUCUGAUCACUAUGUACAGCAAAUGUGGAUGUCUUCAGGAUUUUGAGUCAGCUUUUGAACAUAUUUGUAGUCCUAACAUUGUCUCUUGGAACACAAUCAUUGCUGCUUUUGCACAACAUGGACUUUAUAAGAAAGCUCUCUGCUUUUUUAAGAAGAUUGAGUUAAAUGAGGUUAAACCAGAUGGGAUAACAUUCCUUAGCUUACUCUCCGCUUGUGGUCACACAGGUAUGGUGAAGGAGAGUAUAUACUGGUUUGAUGCCAUGAAAAAUAUAUACAAUGUUACCCCCAGGUCUGAGCAUUAUGCCUGUUUGAUUGAUAUUUUGGGUCGAUCUGGUCAAAUUGAUAAUGCGUACAAGAUGAUCCAAGAGAUGCCUUUUGAAGCCGAUUUGGGAGUUUGGGGUGCCCUUCUUGCAGGAUGCCGUUUCAGUUUGAAUACUGAGUUUGCAGAAUUAGCUGCACAGAAAAUCAUGAAGCUGGAUCCUACAAACUCCGGGGCUUAUAUUAUGCUGUCUAACAUUUAUGCUGCAUCUGGUUUAUGGAGAAAAGUGACCUGUGUGAGACAUUUGAUGAAGGAAAACUGUGUCAAGAAACAAACAGCAUAUAGUUGGAUGGAAAUCGAAAACAUGGUACAUGAUUUCGUGGGAGGAGAUGUAUCUCAUAUAGCUAUCGACGAGAUUCACAGUGUUAUUGAUCAACUUUACUCACAAAUGAAAGAUAUCGAGGAUAUUGCUUUAAGCUAGCAAUGGUGAAACGGAGGUAUGUGUGCUGGAGUUUCAAUUAUGAAAAGUUGUCGUUACCUGGUUUUUUGGCGGAGAAGUAUACUUAGAUUUAAGAUUUAGCCACACUAUUAGGAAAGAAAAUGAUCAGUUUGUGUGUAAAUCAAAGAUAAUAUAUGAUAAAAUUCAUCCUAUAUGAUACAUUGUUCUACUGAAUUUCAUAGUGUUGGCAAACUGUGAAUGCGUACAUUUGUGUUUUGUAAAAUCAUGUUUAACUUCAUAAUCUACUAUAUUUUUAAUUC